UAAAUUAAUAAAAACCAUCAAAAUGUUUUAAACACCGGAAGUUGUGAGAAAUUUAAAAAAGUGAAACGAGCGAAUUAGUUUUAUUUUGAAAGUGUUUCUCGGAAGUUGUAUGAAGCGUUCAUGGUCCCUUUACGGUGUUUGUAAAAUCGAGAGAAUCCAGCGGAGCGAAUUUGGCAUUCAGGGAGAGGAGGGAAAAGUCGAAGGCUCACGAGGAUACGAAGACGUUAAAGUACCGAAGUUGGAUAAUUACUCAGAGUUUCCCGUUGCUGGUUGUUAAAUUUGAGCGGUUUUAGUUUUGGACUCGUUUCCAAAAACGAGCUGAGAGGAACUGGAGCAGAUAUGAAGCUCUGACUGACCUCAUUCCUCCUCGACUGGAGCAGCAGAAGUGGACGAACCAGGGAGAUGAGAUGUUCAGAACCACCCUGACAUGUUUUCAUUACUCUGUGGGUCUCAGGGUGUGCAGUUAAAGUGUCCUUUCAUCUCACCUGUCACAGUUGUUGGGUCCAAUCACGGUACCUCCUCUACCUUCACCAGCAUUGUCUCCUCGCUCAGGAGGAGAAACGUGGGACAUAAAGCGGUGAAGUUGGUGUUCUGCUGACCGUUGAGUGUCAGAAGAAGAGUCACGCCUGCAACAGGUCUCUGAUACUCGUGAUGUCUCUUUGACGAGGAGGAGGCUUGUCAGUGCAGCCAGUCGGUUUUAGGAGGAGGAGGAUGGGGAAGGAGCAGGAGCUGCUGCAGGCGGUGAAGAGUGGAGAUCUUCAGUCCACACAGAAGCUGCUGUCCAGGCUGAAGACCAACAGGAACAAGCUGCUCGGAUCCACGAAGAGGCUGAACGUUAACUUUCAGGACUCUGACGGGUUUUCUGCGCUGCAUCAUGCUGCCCUCACAGGAACCACAGAGCUGCUGUCGGCGCUGGUGGAGGCUCAUGCCACUGUGGACAUCAAAGACAGUAACGGAAUGCGCCCGUUGCAUUAUGCUGCCUGGCAGGGGAAAGCAGAGUCGGUCCUGAUGCUGCUCCGCUCUGGAGCAUCAGUUAAUGGAACCUCUCAGGAUGGGCACAUCCCUCUCCACCUGGCUGCCCAGUACGGACACUAUGAAGUGUCUGAGAUGUUGCUCCAGCACCAGUCCAAUCCAUGUCUGGUCAACAAGACCAAGAAGACACCUCUGGACCUGGCCUGUGAGUUUGGACGAGCCAAGGUGGUGCAGCUGCUACUCAGCAGCAACAUGGUGGUGGCGCUGUUGGAGGGAGAGAGGAAGGAGCAGACAGACUCAGCCUACACCACCCCGCUGCAUCUGGCAGCUCGCAAUGGACACAAAGACGUCAUACGGUUGCUGCUGAAGGCCGGCAUCGACAUCAACAAGACCACCAAGUCUGGAACAGCUCUUCACGAAGCCUCGCUGUACGGAAAAACCGAAGUGGUCCGACUGCUGCUGGAUGCCGGAGUGGACGUGAACAUCAGGAACACCUACAACCAGACGGCGCUCGACAUAGUCAACCAGUUCACAACGUCACACGCUAGCAGGGACAUCAAGCAGCUGCUCCGAGAUGCUACUGGUAUUUUGCAGGUCAGAGCUCUGAAGGACCACUGGAACCUCCACGACCCGACGGCCCUCAAUAUCCGAGCAGGAGACGUAAUCACGGUGUUGGAGCAGCACCUGGACGGACGCUGGAAGGGCCACAUCCAUGACAACCAGAGAGGGACGGAUAGAGUGGGAUUCUUUCCUCCGUCCAUCGUAGAGGUCAUCAGCAGGAGGAACGGGGGCACCCUGUCCCGGCACGCCUCUCUGCCCACCCAACGCCAGCAGCUCCUCUCCAGAGCCCCUCCCUCCUCCGGCCUCAGCCCCACCCCUCACACCGACGAUUCCUACUGUCUGUAUGCCCCGCCCACCCACGUGGUGCUGCCGCUAGCCAAUGGCCUCACUACCUGCACAGCUAACCCGAUCUGCAGCCCUGCAAAUAAAAACCAUCAGAGACCCGACUGGCUCCUCCUCAGUCCCCGAAAACAAGCCGGUCCAUCCGAGUCUUUGUUUCUGAUAGGUUUGUCUCCGAGCCACCUGUCUCGCUCUGGGUGUCCCUUCGAGGACAUCUGGGUCCUCAGGGCCUCGUACAACGCUGGGGACAGAAACAGUGUUGGGAGCACCGGCAGCGUGGGCAGCACCCGCAGCGCUGGCAGCGGGCAGAGCACAGAGAGCAACAAUGCCACCAAUGGACACCGGCCCAAUGCUGGUCACCAUGACAACAAGCUGGCGCCCCCUGCUGCUGAUCUCGGACAUUCAGCAGAUCACACACCGGCUGACCAGCCUCCAGGUGGAACUCCUCGGAGGCAGACGGUGACGGUCCAGCGUCCCACAGAGCCGACCUUUACGCAGCAGUUUGUUCGUCCUCAGCAGCUUCUGGAGGGGAAGGACGCUGAGGCCAUCUAUCAGUGGCUCAGCGAGUUUCAGUUGCAGCAGUACACCGGAAACUUUGUGACUGCCGGCUAUGACGUGCCAACCAUCAGCAGGAUGACCCCUGAGGACCUGACCGCCAUUGGAGUGACCAAACCUGGACAUCGUAAGAAAAUCUCCAUGGAGAUCAGUAACCUGAACAUCUCUGAGUGGCUGCCGGAGUACAUCCCAUCGGAUCUCAGUGAGUGGCUCAGCGCCAUCGGACUCCCCCAGUACCACAAGAAACUCUCUGAAAAUGGCUACGACUCCAUCAGCAUCGUCAGAGAUCUGACCUGGGAGGAUCUGCAGGAGAUCGGCAUCACCAAGCUGGGUCACCAGAAGAAGCUGAUGCUGGCGGUGAAAAAGUUGUGUGACAUCCAGAAAGCAAUCCUUCAUGCCGAGUCCAGUCAUGGUACGCUGCGGCGUAAAGCUCCAGGAGGACUCCACCUGGUGGCCAUCGAGUCUCCUGACGCUAGCAGUGAAUGCUCUUCACCUCACACCCCCAUCAUGAUGACAUUCCAGGACAGCGAGCUGAGCGCAGAGCUGCAGACAGCGAUGUCAAGCCACUAUGGGGGCUGUGAGGAAGGUUUAGCCAUCAAAGCUGCCGUAGGGAUGUCCCAGAGCCAGGAGAGCUUCGACACGCGGUCCAGAGGCUCUGGACGCUCCCAGGAACCUUCCUCUGCUUCCGUCAAUCCCCAAAACUGGUCCCAGGAGGGCAGCCUCACCAAGGAGCGGAACAUCCCCGAGGGCUGGGACCAGAGACCAUUACAUCAUCAACCACUGCCCAAACAGGUCCCUUUGGGGACCGCCACUGUGUUCAAGUACCCGGCCAUCCCAGCCAAGCCCAAGCUGUCUGGAUCUCGAGGUUCCUCCCCUAUUGGAUCCCCGGCCCUGAAGGGCUUCAGCUACCUGCAUUCUCAGUGUGGCUCCACAGACCUGGACUCAUCUCACAGACCUCAGAACAUGACGCUGACACCACCCAACAAACGCACCCACACCAAGACCCGCUACACUCUGUCUGAUGGAGAACCCGAUGAGGAUGACGAUGAGCUUGCGGUUCCUCCAGGAAAUAUUCCAUCCUAUGCCACGCUGACCCGGAAGCCCGGCCGCAGCCAGCUGGCCCGACUACAGUCGAGCUCUGAGAAGAACGGCAGCGUAGGACGCAGCCAGUCGUUCGCAGUGCGGUCUCGGAAAAAAGGUCCUCCCCCUCCUCCCCCAAAGAGACUGAGCUCGGUGAGCAGCACUACCAGUGGGGAGCUGAGCGACAGCAGCACCACCUCCUCCUCCGGCGGCGUUGUGACCGACAGUCCAGGUAGCGUCAGGAGCAUCGCUGCCUCUCUGGAGGGCAGCUCAGACAGGAAGAGCCUACCAGGACCCAAACCUCCACAUCAGGACUCACUAUCCAAAUCUUCAAGCUCUUCAGGGGCCAGCGAGGCUGCAGCGGCGAGGAGGAAGGUUCAGAGUGAAGGUGUUCCCUGCCAGACCAGCAGCAGCACAGAACCGGACCGAGGGAUAACGUCUGACUCUGAAGAAGACGAGGCAAAGGAUCAGGGAAUGGUGUGCUCUUCUUCCCCCCACAACAGCUCCAGUGAGUGCAUCCCCUUUGCCGAGGAGGGCAACCUGACCAUCAAGCAGAGACCCAAAGCUCCAGGUCCACCAAGGGCCGAGGCUGUCCUUGAACCUCCAGAAAAACCAGCAGACACCACUCUGGAGGUGCCAGAGUUCAACCUGAAGGAGUCAGACACAGUCAAGCGGCGCCAUAAACCCAAAGACAAGGACCAGGGUGAGGGGUCCCCCAUCAGAGCGGGAGGAGAAGCAACAGACGCUGACACUGGGCACAGCAGACCCCCUUCCAGGAGCCAGGAGGAACACGGUCUAGAGAGACCGGAAAGUCCAGCUAGAGGGUCCCUGAUUAAACCUCCAGUCUCCACAAAACCCACUGUCACCCCUAAACCAGUACGCCACAGCCUACUGGCUGCUCAGGGACGGUCCUCUCCAACCGUGACUGUCAGCGUGGUCCAGAGCGUGGCAUUUGCCUCACCGGCCCAUGGACCCCCAGCCUUGGUGAUGGUUGCUCAGGCUCCUCAGAGCCCCUCUGUGGCUACGUGGAGACAUCAGAGCUGUCCUGUAGAAGCGAGCCUCGACUCUGAUUCCUCCAGCGAGACAGAGGUGGUCCAGCAGAGACUGGAUCAAACCAGCACGUCUCUUGCAGCGGCGCUAAAGGCGGUUGAGAAGAAGCUGAAUCAAGAAGACCGCUCUGACGGCCCUGUGAGCUCUGUGAAGUCUGCAGGAACCAUCUUGGAUGACAUCGGGAACAUGUUUGAUGACCUGGCCUACCAGCUGGAUGCCAUGUUGGACUGAAAAUCAAAACCUCAGGAAGUGAGACGGAGGAGCAGGGUCUCCAGCCGCUCUGAGCUGCAGGUGGAGGACUUCCAGAGGCUCGUCUGGUUUCUCAGCCUGCACAUCAGCACUCGACCCCCCACGGUGCAUUCAUAACCAAACUCACACCGGGUCUCUCAUCUCCGACCGGCAGCCGGAUCGGGCUUUUGCCACUGCAGCACCAACCGUCUGAGUGGCUCACUGUGAGCAGAAAUGCCUCCACAGAGAAACCUUUUACUGUAUAAACACUAAUAUCUGAACAAAAUUUAAUGUUUUUAUAUCUGAGCUGAUGAGUUCUUAAGUAAACUACAGUUAAUCAAUUAAUUCAUUUUUUAAUGAAGUUUCAGCUCUUUGGACCUGGAAUGGAUGUUCUCUAGUGGCUGUCACCUUCAGACUAAAACCACGGUUAGUUUGACUCCUCUAGCUGCUGAAGCUCUCUGGGAUCUGAUUCUUAGCACCUUGUUCUGGUUCCUGGUUCCAGGCUCUUCUCAAAGCACAAAACCUGCACUGCAGGCGGUCCCUCGGGAGACCAAGAGCAGCAAUCAAGAAUUCUAAAGUUAUUACGAAUGAACUGAACAAACAGAAAUGAUUCUGUACAGAAUGUGUUUAUUGAAAUGUUUGUGUUGUAUUUAUCAUUCUGCUGUGCUGCAUUCAGUCUCCCGCCGUUCUCUUUGCACAUGAUUUCUAGUGUGUUUGGAUGCUUCUCUACUCGAAGGCAUUAACAACGCGGUUAGUGUUUAAAGGUUCCGGUUCCUCUACAUCCUCCCAAAAUAUAUUUAUUACAUUAUUAUAACUGAACAACUUUAAUAUUUAAAACAUCCCAUUAUGCCGUUGUGUCCUUGGGCAAGACACUUAACCCACCUUGCCUGCUGGUGGUGGUCGGAGGGACCGGUGGCGCCUGCGCUCGGCAGCCUCGCCUCUGUCAGUGCGCCCCAGGGCAGCUGUGGCUACAUCGUAGCUCACCCCCACCAGUGUGUGAAUGUGUGUGUGAAUGGGUGAAUGACUGAUUGUGUUGUAAAGCGCCUUGGGGGGUUCUAGGACUCUAGAAGGCGCUAUAUCAAAUACAGGCCGUUUACCAUUAUGUCCAAACUGAAAUAGGCUGAAGACGAGACUUGUCAGCUGUUCCAUCCUCAUCCAGCCGUCUCACCGCCGCAUCUUCAGGCGUUCUGGUUUCUUCCUGCUGGACUGAACUCGAUCAUUUCCUCUUCUGUCGGCUCUCCCAGCUGAUCGUUUUUUGUUUGUCAUAUUUAAAUAUUUUCUACCGGCUGAUAACGGGGGAAGCUCUGUCUGUGUUGUUUUAUAAAGGGAAGAGAGUCACAUUGAGCUCACCCGUCUCUGUAUAGUGAGAGGAAAUAAAAGACUUUAUAUUUUUCUGUUCAUUUUAGCCAGAGUAGUAUUUAAAUGUUUAUUUUUCUGGAGUUAUAAACAGAUGCACAUAUUCAACCAAAGCUUUGUACUUUUACUUUGAAACAUUUCCUUUUAAAUGACUGAAUCCUCUUGUUGUUUAAGUGUUGUUUUGUGUCCAUGUUCAGCAUGCUAUAAGCCGUUAACCUGGUGUCCUACUGUGGUCAUGUGACCUGUGUGAUGAUCAGGUGACCUGAGGAAUAUCAUCACAAGAUGAAGAAUCCAAAUGAUCAAAACUAGUUUGGGUUUCUGUUGAUAAUAGCGAUGUAUUCCUGCCUCUUUACAUUAAAAUGACUUUACAGAUAAAAGAUUAGUUGGCUUUUAUUGUGAAAGAGUUACCGGAAGUCAUCAGUAGCUCCGCAUCAAUGUUUUUACAUAAAAUGUUUAUGAAUUAUAAUUUGAAGAUGUAAAUUGAAUAAUACACUCUAAAAUACUUACUGUGUUGUGUUUUUUUAUUGUUAAACUUUCAAAAUAAAAGUUGCAAACAGGAAUAUUGUUUCUGAUGUCCAGAAGAGGGCUGAGUUUUAGGGCCAUGAUGUCUUCUGUUUCGUCGAUUAACCCAAACAUAAUAAAUGAUAUAUCUUGGAAUGGUUAAC